CUAAUCAUGUGAUCAUAGCUUCUCUCAGAAUGGCUUCAUGGGGAAGUGAAAGUGCAGUGUUACAGAGAAGACAGGCUGAAGCAGCAUGUUGUUACAGAGACUAGUAAAAUUCGUUGGCUGUAAUGGUUGGUUAGCUAUGUCAAGUAGGCGGCUGCACUACAGUCCAGUUUGCCUUCAGCCACUCAUACCCAUCGUCAUCGAGCAGACGGGUCGAGGGGAGAGAGCCUAUGAUAUCUAUUCCAGACUGCUGAGGGAGCGAAUCGUGUGCAUUAUGGGACCAGUCGAUGAUUCCGUUGCAAGUCUAGUGAUUGCACAGCUUCUAUUCCUGCAGUCUGAGAGCAAUAAGAAACCCAUCCAUAUGUACAUCAACAGCCCUGGUGGUGUUGUUACGGCAGGGCUGGCCAUCUAUGACACAAUGCAGUAUAUCCUGAACCCCAUUGCUACAUGGUGCGUUGGUCAGGCAGCUAGCAUGGGUUCCCUGCUUCUAGCUGCAGGAUCCCAGGGAAUGAGGCAUUCCCUACCAAACUCUCGGAUCAUGAUUCAUCAACCCUCUGGUGGAGUCCGGGGUCAAGCCACAGAUAUUGCCAUUCAAGCAGAAGAGAUUCUUAAGCUGAAGAGGCAGAUCAACCAGCUGUAUGCAAAACACACAAAACAACAACUAUCUGUGAUUGAAAAUGUAAUGGAGCGAGAUCGUUACAUGAGCCCUGUGGAGGCACAGGAGUUCGGAAUCAUUGAUAAAGUCUUAGUCCAUCCUCCUCAUGAUGGUGAAGAUGAACCAACACUUGUGCAGAAAGAAGAUUCCUCCUCCUCGUCAUCUUCUUCACCUGAGCCAUAAAACACACUGAAUCUAGUUUUUCUUGGCUCUCUCUUCAGUUUAUUUUAUGUUUAUGGAUAAUUAAUUUUACAGCACAUUUAAGUAUUAGAAACAAUUUGUAAAUUAAAUGGUUAUUUUUGUGAACUGCC